AUGGCCUCCUCUUCAUCAGUUGGAGACAGACAGCUGCACAGAAUAAUCACAGAUCUACAUGAUGCUGUGUUUGAGUUGAGUAAAGAACAUAAGGAAUGUGGUGAACCCAUAACGGACGACAGUGCCAACCUGCACAAGUUCUUCUAUAAACUUGAAUACCUUCUGCAGUUUGACCAGAAAGAAAAGACAACCUUUCUUGGCCAGAGAAAGGACUACUGGGAUUACUUCUGCGAGUGCCUGAUUAAGAUCAAAGGAGCUAACGAUGGCAUCCGUUUUGUUAAGUCCAUCCCAGAGCUGAAGACCUCUCUGGGGAAAGGAAGGGCUUUCAUUCGUUACUCACUCGUCCACCAGCGUCUUGCUGACACUCUGCAGCAGUGUUUCAUAAAUCAAAAGAUCACAAGUGACUGGUAUUAUGUCCGGAGCCCAUUUCUUAAGCCUCCCCUCACUGCUGACAUAAUCAAUCAUCUUUAUGAACUCAACCAGAUCCAGUUUGAUGUGGCAGCCAGAGGUUACGACCUCGAUGCAGACUGGCCAUCAUUUGCAAGGCGAACCUUAGGAGCUGCCUCAUCUGCUUAUUUGUGGAAGCCUCCAAGUCGUUGCUCCAGCAUCAACAGCCUGGUUAGCAGCGUUUCACACUCUCAGGCACGGGAGUGUCCUCCAAUUCCAGACGUGAAUCAAAGUCUGCUUGGUGAACUUAGAGGCUUAGGGGAACCGUCUGCUUACAGCAUUUCAGAAACUCUCCGCAUUGAGCUUGAUCAAUCUGAGCUUAGACAGCGUGAGCUUUUGGUACGGGUACAGGAGUUGGACCAUGAAGCUGCUGAACUCCGAGUUGUUGUCAAAGACCUUCACAAGCAGUUGUCUGUCCUUUCAGCAUCUAAAGCUGCCAAGUUGAAUUCAGAAACAGGUCUUGAGAACAGAGUAAAUCACCACCUCGGAGAAUCGGCUAUUGCCGAUUUGCAUGAGAGACUUACGGCUGCUGAGGAUAAAAACAUGGAGCUUCUUUCUAAGUUAGACGAGGCUCUCAAUGAAAAGGGGCAACAGACAGCUAGCUACUGUGAUUCAGCCUGGAAAAUUCAGGAACUCCUAGAGAAAGUUAAGACUGCAGAGGAGGAGAGGUUAGAGACAAAGAGAGAGGUCGAGGACAGGGCCAGACACUCGGAGCAUUUGUCACAGCAGCUAAAACUCAGAGAAGAAGAGUUGAGGCACAGUGAGGAGAAACUGGCCAAAGUGACAGCCAGUGCUCACAACGAAAGAGAAGAGGCGCUUGCACGAUUGGAGGAGCUCCAAAGCGUGGUCAGUCGAAUUCAAGGUGCACUGACUUUAAAAGAGAAGGAGACAGGAAACUUAAGGGCACAGUUCCAAGACGUGCAGGCCUCUUUGGACUGCAGGGAAAGACAAGCAGAGGAACUGAGGAAAAGACUGCAGGAAGAGAGAGACGAGGUAGUGCAGAGAUGUGGUAUGAGCUGUGAGGAGCUCGAGAACCAGAUGUUGGAUUUAAGAAGAACUUUAAAGAACAAAGAAAAAGAACUAGCUGCUAGUUCUGAACAUGUCAGACAUUUAGAGGAGCAGUUAGAGAAGCUGAACGUUGGGAGAGAAACUCUGUGCUCUCAAGUUGAUGAUGCUGACACCAUUUUAUGUAAUGAAAUUGAAAGCACUCAGGACUACAAAACCCAAUGCAGCAAUCUCAUGGAAAUGAACACAAAGCUUCUCCAAACCCUUAACAAGAGUGAAACGAGCCUUGCAGAGCUGACUGAGAGCCGUGCUGCCCUUUUAGAGCAGCUGGCUGCUUUGAAAGCCUCUGAGAAGCACCUGACAGGUAGAAUAGAAAUGGCAAAUAUGAAUGUAAAAGACAGAGAAAAUAAGCUUUUAGAUGAAAACCUGCAUCUUGAGGAGACGGUUCAGAGGGCUUGCUUUCAGAAGGAAGAAUCAGAUGUUCAGGUAAAGAAGUUAGAGCAGGAAAACCUGAAGCUUUUAGAUGCUCAGUCCUCACUGCAUACACAGUUAACUGCUACUCAAGAGAAGCUGGAGCUGCUGACUUCCAAAAAUGUCAUGUUAGAGAAGAGCCUUACAGUCUCCCAAAGAGGUCAAGCAGAGUUACUUGAGACACUCCAGGGAUCUGAAGAUAAGCCGAGAGCCCAAACUGUGAAUUGCAGCAUCCUGCAUGCUCAAACAGACGAGCUGGAGAGCAAAACUGGAGAGCGUCACCGUGUAAAAAGAGCUGCAGAAUGCACUGAAAAAAUGCAAAAGCAUGAUGGUGAACAUCAGACCUCCUCACUAAAGAACAAAGAGGCCCCAAUCAGGCUGGCCAUAGCUGAAGCUCAGUUGGAGCUCAACGUAGGGGAAGUAGCCAGGCUAAGAGAGGAGGUGGUGGAGCUCAGGGCUCAGCUGCUGGCAAGAAAUGAGGAGAAGAUAAAAGUCCAAACCCUGCAAGAGGUGACAGAGGCCUCCAGAGAGGAUCUCUGUUUUUUAGUGGACCAGCUGAAGGCCCAGGUAGAAGAGCUAAACCGCCGACACGUUGAUGAUAUUCUUAGAUCUCGAGAGCAUGAGGAGGCUCUUAUCUGUGAGCGUGACUGUGAGGCCCAGGCUCGAGCAGGUCUGGCUGCGGAGCUGACGAGCUGCAGGGAGGAGCUCGAUACGCUGAAAAUGAGCUACGAAGCCUUAUGUCUGGAGAACAAUGAAUCGCAGGAGGCACUUCACCGAGCCAACACGGAGACAGCCGAGUUCGGUGUGAACGUCUGCAUGCUGACCGCUGAGAAAGAGGAGGCUCGUCUGCGCUGGGAGGACCUGUCAACAAGGCUGCAUGAACUGGAGGAGGAGGCAGCUCAGGAGGCGCAGAGACUGAACACCUGCUUAAAGCAGCUACAGCAAGAGAACUCUGAGCUGCAUAGUCAGCUCUGUAACAACGAGAAUCUGCUGGCUGUCAAGCAGAAACUGCAGGCCGAGCUGAACGAGGCCCAGCAGGAAGUGGAAACGGCACGGAAGACGACUCAGGAGGAGAUUCAAGUUCUUCAGCUUGAACACAGCAGCCAAGCCACAUCCCACAAAAAACAACUACAGAAGGUGAAUCAGGAGUUGCAGGAAAUGAAACUACAGCUGGUUACGGAGCAAGAGAAAGCUGACAGAUUAGAAAGCAAACUCGAGCAGGUGGAGGCUGAGAAUCAGAGAUGUAACCAACAGAUUGAGGAGAAAAACAUCCAGAUGGCCGAGUCGGCAAAUCUCAUCCUGCAGAAAGAAGAUGAGAUAAACCAUCUGAAAGAAAAUUUAUCAAGGUCUGAGGCUGGUCUGGCAGCAGCUCAGCGGGUCUGUCAGGAGAUGGCUGAAAAUUUACGGAAGGUCACUCAGGACAAACAGAGCUUUGAUCUAAAGGCAGCUGCUGAACUUGAUGAUCUUUAUCGAACCAAAAUCAAUUUGGAAGAAAGACUUGUGGAGCUCAUCAGGGAGAAAGAUGCACUUUGGCAAAAGUCGGAUGCCCUGGAGUUCGAGCAGAAACUGCGGGACGAGGAGACAGAGCGAGACGUCCACUAUUGUAUAGGAUGUCACACUCAGUUCAGCUGGUGGCUCCGCAAAUACAACUGCAGGCUGUGUGGGCGUCCCUUCUGCUACUACUGCUGCAGCAACACAGUGAGCACCCAGCAGGGCAGCGGCAAAGAGCGCUGCUGUCAGUACUGUUACAACCAGCACAGUGCUGUAGUUGAGCGCCACCCACAGGUGGAAGUGACCCACAGCACCCCAGGAUCACCAUUCAGCCGCUUGCUGCAGACUACCCGAUCACUGGCUGGUGUUGCAGGGGGAGAGGAAGGAGAAAAGCCAGACGAUGGUGUUUUUGAUAUUAUCACAGAGGAGGAAGUGAGCGGUGUUAGCAACAAUCACUCUUUCACCUCUGCCUGCUCUCCUGGACAUGACCAGCAGGGGGCGCCACAGCUAAACAGCAGUGCGAGCACAGGAGACAUCCCUUCAGAAGACGCCGAGGACCUCAGCACUGCUGUACAGGAUGCAGAGAUCUGCCUACUGAAGUCUGGAGAACUCACGCUCUCUGUCCCAUUCACGGUGGACGACAUCUCGGGGUUUGGGGACAGCUCCCGGGAGCUUUUCAUCAAGUCCAGCUGUUACAGCAUCAUCUCCAUCACCAUGAACCCUCCUGGCCCCACUGUCUCCUGGACCUUUACCUCUGAACCAAAGAGCAUCUCCUUCAGUGUGGUCUACAGGGAGAAUGCAGAGACCCCCCUGGAGCAGGCUAAGGUUUUGAUCCCUUUAACUCGCUGUAACUCCCACAAAGAGACGAUACAGGGGGAGCUGAAAGUCAGAAACCCAGGAGAGUAUAUUUUCAUCUUUGACAACUCUUUCUCCAGGUUUAUCUCAAAGAAAGUGCUGUAUCAGCUGAGUCUAGUCAAGCCUGUGGUCUACGACGGAAGCGAUCAGCUUUGA